CCCCCCGGGAGCCGAGAAGAAAAGAGAUGAAAGGCUGGAAGCUCGUCGGGGGCGGGUCCAGCUAUGCAGAUGUGAGGGCUCGCGCUUUGACGGCUCAGAUACGCCGCCAGGAGCCGGUUGUUAAAGUCGCUUUCAGUCGAGGUGGAGCCGGUCCGACGACGACUGUUAACAGGCGGUUUCGGAGCGCGGGAAGCGAGCCCUCCCCUUCAAGGACCGUCGGGUCGCCUCAGAACGCCUCUCGCUUUCCACACGGUAUUGUGACACGGACAAUUCCCCCGCGGGGAAAUAUGGCGAGUGUCAGAAAUGGAAUCGGAGGGUCGAAUGGUGGCGGCGGCGACGAGUGGGUUGCGCCGAAGGGCUCCUGUCUGAUGUGGGGGCAGAUGCGGAUGGAGGCGGCAGGCCUGGAGCCUUUUCCUCCUUCGGGACGCCUCGGUGACAGAGCAAGCGCCUGGCUUCCUGGUAUCCAACAGGUGCUGCUGACUUUCCAGGAGGAGGAGAAGGAAAACUUUGAAGAUGCCUUUGAACACAUCCCAGUGGCUGCAAAAAUGGAUCUUAAAUGUGCUUUGGAAGAGUGUUCAAUGGCAUUAAAUUUAUUUCUUAACAAUAAAUUUUCAGAAGCUCUGGAAUUACUUCGACCAUGGUCUAAAGAUAGCAUGUACCAUGCCCUAGGUUAUAGCACUAUAUUAGUUAUUCAAGCAGCAAUGACAUUUGAACAACAGGAUAUCCAAAUGGGACUGUGUGCAAUGAAAGAAGCUUUACAAACUUGUCAAAAGUUUAAAAAAAGAAACACAGUGGUGGAAUCAUUAUCCAGUUUGGUUUCAAAACAGUCUGUAGAUCAGCUGAGUGAAGAGGAAAUGCAUGCAGAACUCUGUUAUGCUGAAUGUUUACUGCAGAAAGCAGCCUUGACAUUUGUACAGGAUGAAAAUAUGAUCAAUUUCAUCAAAGGUGGCUUGAAAAUUAGAACAAGCUAUCAAAUAUAUAAGGAAUGCCUUCAGGUUCUGCAGAUGACCCAAAGCAGCAAAAUCAGGAAUGAAAUAUUCCACCAGUUUGAAGGGGGUGUGCAACUAGGAGUAGGAGCUUUCAAUCUGAUGCUGUCCCUUUUACCAGGAAGAAUUCUCCGACUUCUUGAAUUUAUUGGGUUUUCAGGCAAUAGGGAACUUGGUCUUCAUCAGUUACGGGAAGGAGCUUCUGGUCCCAGUUUACGAGCAAUACUGUGCACUUUUACCUUGUUGCUAUAUCACACCUUUGUUUCAUUAAUCCUUGGAACAGGGGAAGCCAAUCUACAUGAAGCAGAGGCUCUCCUUCAACCUUAUCUUCAGAAGUUCCCAAAGGGUGCCCUCAUUCUGUUUUACGAUGCCAGAAUCAACAUAUUGAAAGGAAAUUUUGAAAAGGCUGAGGUAACAUUCCAGGACUGCAUUGCAGCUCAGCAAGAGUGGAAACAGAUCCAUCAUCUCUGCUACUGGGAACUGAUGUGGUGUUACUCCUUCCAGCAGAACUGGCUUCAAGCAUAUCGGUAUGCAGAUCUGCUUUGCAAAGAAAGCAGGUGGUCAAAGGCAAUAUAUGUGUUCCAGAAAGCUGCCAUUUUGUGUAUGCUUCCUGAUGCUGAUGUGAAAACAACAGGAGAAGAUAUUGUAGCUUUGUUUCGGCAAGUAGAAGGCCUAAAGCAAAGAAUUGCAGGAAAAUCUAUCCCAACUGAAAAGUUUGCUGUGAGAAAAGCACGACGCUAUGGGACCUCUCCUCCUGUGAAACUGAUAGUGCCUGCUCUGGAAAUGAUGUAUGUCUGGAGUGGGUUUUCAGUUCUUGGAAAGAGAGCUGACUUCACUGAAAAUAUGCUAAUAACCAUUGAAAAAGAAGAAACACUUUUAAAAAAUGAAACCCAUCACACUGAAUAUUACAUGGAUGAUGUAUGUCUGCUACAACUACUAAAAGGAUUGUGUUUGAAGCACUUAGGAAGACUCUUGCAAGCAGAACUCUGUUUCAGUCAAGUUAUUCAAAGUGAGAAGCAAUUAAAGUAUGAUACCUAUUUAGCUCCAUAUUCAACGUAUGAGUUGGGUCUUCUAUAUAAACAACAGGAUGAAAGAGAAAAAGCUGUAAGAUUUAUAGAAGCUGCAAAAAACAAUUACAAGGAAUAUUCCAUGGAAUCCAGAUUACAUUUCAGAAUCCAUGCAGCACUUAGCAGUAUGAAAGUGACUCCUGCUCCAACACCAUGAUGCCUUCUGAAGUAGAUGUCUAACAUGUCUAUACAAGUUAAUAUUUGAAAGCCUACAAAAAUCAUGUAAAUGAUGUAACAAAAAAAUGUAGUUUAUAUUUUCUAUCAUUUGUGAUAAUUGAGUGUCUGCCUCAUCAUUGUGAAUGCUUCUUUUUUCUAUGGUUCACUUCCAUAUUUCUGCUUAACAUUUUAGAGGAAACCUAUUUUAUUUAUAGAAAGGUUAAUGCUUGAAACAAUAGGGGAAUAUUAAAAAUUGCUGGUACAAUAAAGAGUAAUUCAAACAAUUUAUUUUUUUAUGGAAAUACUAAUAUUGUUUAUGCAUGAAACGGUACGAUACAUUUGGUAAUAGUUUCAGCAUUGCAUAAAGGCUUGUAUUUCUGCAAUACUUUUAUUAUGUGAUAAGAUUAAAAAAUUGGCUGCUGGUAGCCCUAGAUGCUGUAUCUGGAUUUGAAGCUUAGUUUUACAUACCAAAGACCAAAUUUACCAUACUGUAGCCAAAAUAAUGCUUCAAGUCACUUCAUGAAUGUUAGCUUGCAUUCAGUGCAAUAUCCUGACCAAAUCUCUAAAGAUAGUUAGGAAAGGACUUUGAGCUUUCUUUGAUAACCCAGGAGUGUUUUUAAAAUAUAGAAAGAAAAUAUUUCUCAGUGAAAAGGAAAAGGAAAAAUGAAACAAUAGAAAUAUUUCAGUUUUUUGUUCCAUUAUAUCAGUUUUUUGUUCCAUUAAUUCAGCAACAUCACAGAGAAUUCACUAUAAAAAUAUGCAGCUAAUGUUCUGAAGAUUCUUAUGCCCCCUCAUUAACACUGGAGGUCAGCAGGUUUGAUUCUAUUUUCUUCCAUAUAUUGUAGCAAAAUUCUCAAAUUUCAAUUUCAUAUUUCUUAUGGAAUUGGUAUCUGUCAUGUUUACUUAGCAUAUUAUCUUGAUCAGAUUUUUAAAAAUGUUUUGCAGUAAACUAGUAAUUAAAUAUUUUUAUUCUCCAUCUUAGUUUCUUAUGAAUGUAUAUGUGUUACUUUGCAGUAUUUUAUGUCACAGAGCCUGCAGGCAAAUGACCAUGUUUGAGGGCUUAUAAAUGUUACCUCUCCAGGUUUAGUGUUUUCCCAUAGGAAUAAAAAUGUGACUAAUCAAGAAUGUCUAUUUAAUGACCAUAACUGUCUAUGAAAGAUAUUUAUUGGUUUCAUACAUACUACUGUAGUGGCCAAAAUUGUGGAAACCUUUUGGGAAAAGUGUGUUUUCUAAAACCAGCUAAUAACACCACUUUUUUUUGGAGUAGAACCAUAAAAUUUUAUAUCAGUGGAAAUAUAAUUUAAUCAAGAAUGUAAUGCAAUAACUUUUAUGAAGGAUUUGCUAUUAUAAUAGCCAUUGCAGUAUAAAGAAGAAAAGUGACACACAUAGAAAAAAUGAGGUAUACAAAAAUUAUCACGUCAGUUAAUACUUAGUUGGGUAACCUUUAGCAUGAAUUACGACCUUACAAUGUCUUCCUAUGGAGUGGAACCAAGUCUUUUAGUUCUGCAGCUGUUAUAAUGUGAAACCAAGAUUGAAUGAUUGCUUCUAUUAACUGGGUUUUAUUUCUGGGUCAUUUCUGACUAAUAAGUUUCUUUAGUUGGCUCCAUAAAUUUUCAAUUGGGUUAAGGUCUGGGUUAUUCCCAGACUGUUCCAGCAGUGGAAUAUGAUUAUCUUGAAACUCCAAAAAAAAAGUGGUGUUAUUAGCCAUCAAACCUCAAAAAUACACUCUUCCCAAAAGGUUUCCACAAUUUUGGCCACUACUGUAUAGCUGUUUGAGAUUAGUUUUUUUCCUUGUCUUGGUCUUUCUGUAUUUAAAUUAUUUUAUCAGCUGCUAAAUGAAUUGAAAAGCUGGGCUUUUAGAGUUUUUUUUUAAUUGUCAAAACUGAUGGACAUGCACAAGGUCCAUGUUCAUAAGCAGCUAAUAUAGGAACACAAGGAUAAUUUCUUCUAGAUUUUUUUAGCAUAGUUCUUAUAUGAAUGGAUUUUUCCCCAUUAGCUCAUUGCAAUUGACAUUUUGUUUUGUUUUUUACUAUACUUUAUUCUGCAAUAUCUUUUCUGCAUCUAUUCUUUUACUCAGUUUUUAACACCUUCCAGUUUGAAGAAAAGCACACUUUGUAUAUAAUUUUCCUACAUGCUUAUACUCUAAUUAGGAAAAGUACUAAUGGUAAAACCAAUUUAUCUGAGCACAUGUGGCUUUUAUACUUUUAAUCUGUGUGACACAAUGCAUGGUUAAUACAUUAUUUCAACUGAUUACAAAUUUUAAGUGCUUAAAAAGAGAUUUAAUUAUUUCUUGCCUAGGGACCUUUCUUACAUCUAAAUCAAAAAUAUUCUUCAUUUAUCGUAACAAAUGGCCACUCUUGUGUAUGUUUCUUUGUCCAGAAUUUCCCAUCCAGAACUCUGUGAGUGUCACUAGGUUACUUAUUACAUUCUGUUAGACAAGAACAUUGUAAAAAUGUAGUCAUUUCUAGAUUUAAAGAAUUUAAUGUUAAACAUAGGGAUACAGUUAGGCUUAAAUCUGUUUUGCUCCAACUUAUAGUUUUGCAUUAAAAUAUUACAACUAUUCUAUGGUUAUAAUCUCUAUAUUAACACUAAUUCUUUUAGUGUUAUGUUGCUUAAAUAUCCACAUUCUGCACUGCACCUUUAAUAAGAGCUAAUUAUUUCCACCUUUUGAUAGAACCUUUAGGAACACAUUACAUGUUUUUAUAAAAGAAGUAACAAAAGGAUUUUGUUUGUGUAAGUUAUAGUGACAGUGGUUCCCAUUUGACUUGCACUGUUAUCGAGGCCAGGAAGUAAUAUAUUAAAUAGAUUUAGAAAUUUUGCUAAUUGCAGCAAAACAGUCCAGCUUCUAUCAAAAUAACAAUUCAUGCUCUGGAACUAAUUUUAAUAUUCGACUACUGUGGAUGUAAUUGACUGCUAUUUUUCUUCUCUUGUUUGCACUGUAUUUUGUAAAGCUGUCUCAAAUUAGUUUUAAAAAUUAAAUAAACUAAAAUGUAAACUAUGUUUACUUGGAAACAAAGCUAUUUUGGUUAAGCAGAGCUUAGUUUUAAGUAAGAAUACAUAGAAUUUAAUGUUGAUUGCAGUAUAGCACAAGAAUUACAGUAGUGUUAUUGAGCAGAAUUUGAAGAGAAAUUAUAUCUAAUCCUUCAUGUGAGUUGUCAAAGUUUUGUUAUCCUGCCUUUCUGUGAUAGGUAACAAAAUAAACAUGUAUUUAAAUAAUUCUGCAGAGAUAAUAGUUUCCAUGACUAAAUAGGUUGCACAUUCAACUGCAAGAAAAUUGCCAAAGUAUUUUUAGGAAUGUGAUGGUAUAUUGAAAUUAUAAAUAAAUAAAAAUUCUCAACAAGA